GACAGAGAGCGCGGGAAAGAUGUUAGUUAGCCGUUGCGCAGUUCAAUUCUCUUUUGGGACUUUCUUCAAACACCUUCCGGUAUCAAAUCCGGCGACGCUCUGUCCGUACAGAUUCAGACCCAAAAACCUAACCGCCAACCCAAUUCGUAGCUCCUCUUACUUUGAGACGUUAGAUUCCUGCCAAAAAGAGCAAGUCCAUCUCUAUGUCCACACUCUUCUCCAAUGGAACCGGAAAAUGAAUCUGACAGCCGUUAAGGAGGCGGAUGAGGUAAUGGAGAGGCACAUUGAGGACUCGCUCGCAAUCAUACCGCCUAUUAGAAAUUCUUAUCUCUCUCACUGUAACCCUUCGUCCAAAAACCUCCGCCUUGUAGAUGUGGGGAGCGGUGCAGGUCUUCCGGGUUUGAUCUUAGCCAUUGCUUGGCCAGGUUGGGAAGUGACACUGAUGGAGUCUAUGAACAAGAGAUGCAUUUUCUUGGAACACGUUGUCGGUCACAUUGGUUUGUCGAAUGUUCAAGUUGUAAGAGGAAGAGCAGAGGAGGAAGUUAGGAAUGCAGAAAAAGCAAUUCAGAUUUUGGGUGCUUCCGUGUUGAACAAUGCGCAGGCAUGUCAUAUCUCUAUUUGAAAACUUAACAAACCUAUCAUGUAUAUGGGGGAGAGAGAGAGAGAGAGAGCUAAAAAUGUUUACUGAUGUAACCUCUGUUUGUAUCCAGUGGAAUCGCACAGCCCAUA